CUACCAAUGUUACGACAUUAAUUAUUUUAACGAUGACUUAAAUCAGAACACUCAUUCAAAUAAUAUAAAAAAUACACGUCCUGUGAAUAUCCUGAAUACUAUUCUAGUUAAGAUAUAAUCAAUUAUUCCCACAAAUUUGGUAAUUUUGUGAUAAUACUCGCAAACGGUUGGGAAAUGUCAAACUUCAAAUGGUCAAACAAAUUUCAAUUGUCAACAAACAACAUAACCUCUUGAUAACUGUAUUUUGUAUUUUUUUAAGAAUAAAAAUUGCUAUUGUCUCAUGUCUGUGUUGUUUUUGCUUUAAUUUAUGGUAUAAUUAUAUGUACAUAUUACUUCGAAUAAUGCGACGAACGUAAACUAAAAAAUAUUCAAUGUAACUCACAGUAACCAACUUUUAGUGAAAUAAUCCGUUUUAAACAUUUACUAUGGGUGUAACGGUAUUACAACAAUACCCAGUGCCGGAAAAUAAAACCGGUACCUACGUUAUCGAAUUGUUAACUAAACGACUUCUAGCAUUAGGAGCAACGCAACAGGGGCAAUUCCUAGUAGACUGCGAAAGUUACCUGUCUCAUCCUACAAUGGGAUCAACUAAAACAGUACACAUUUUACACAAUUCUGAGCAGCCUGCUUCAGUUUUUUCUAUUCUCGAAAGUGGUACAAAGAAUAUACAUGUUAUAGCUGAUGGUUUAUUCGAUUUGCUUAUGAUGAAGCUUUCAGUACAUUAUACAUCUAAAAAACAGACUAAAAUUGAAAGCAAAGGUCCCCGCUUUGAGUUGAGUGACUUUUGUGUGAAGCUUGGGUCUGUAACUAUGAAUCAGAAUUUUAAGGGGAUUCUUAUAGAGGUAGAAUACCGGCCAUGUGUAAUGGCAAAUGCAGUAUGGGGUCUCUUACGAGAGUUCUUACAAGGUCUCCUUGGACCCACAAUACCAGUACAACCACCACAACACUUGCUGAGCCGAAUGAAUGAAAUAUACACGCCUAUAGACACUAUAUAUCAAUAUUUGGAACAUUUCAGUGCUUAUAGAAAAGUUACUGGCUUGAGAAGUGCUUAAGAUUAUGAUAAUGUAUGAUAAGGUUACAAGAAUAAAUUUUUAUAUAAGAA